AAAAUCAUAACAAAUCCAAAGCAUAACAAUGAGGAUGUGGUGGUUCAUAACAACUUUAGUCAUUACUGCUGCUUUCAUUUGUAAUUCCCCUGCUUAUGCUUAUGAUAAUAACCCUCUACAGGACAUAUGUGUUGCUGUUAGCGAUUCUGAGGCUUCAGUUUUUGUUAAUGGAAACAUUUGCAAAGACCCAAAGCUUGCAACACCAAAUGAUUUCUAUUUUCCAAGUCUUAAUAUAAGUAAAGUUGUAUACCCCAAUUAUGGUAUUGGUGCAACUUUCGUGGGUGUACAAGACAUGCCUGGACUUAACACUCUUGGUAUGUCUAUUUGUCGUAUUGAAUUCGAACCUCAAGGUCAUGCACCACUGCACACGCACCCUCGAGCUACUGAGCUGAUAACUGUCCUGGAGGGAACUCUGUAUGUAGCAUUUCUUGUCCCUGAUCCUGCAGACUUCUUUACGAGCCGUCUCUUCUCCAAAAUCUUGUAUCCUGGAGAUGUGUUUGUGUUCCCAAGAGGUCUUAUUCACUUCCAGUAUAAUGUGGGAGACACAAAAACUGUUGUGUUUGGCAAUUUCAACAGUCAAAAUUCUGGAAUUGUCACGUUUCCUAGUUCAAUCAUUACUUCACAACCGCUUAUUGUGGACGACAUUAUUGCCCUAGGCGUCCAGCUGAAUAAGACGGAGAUUGCAGAACUUCGAAAGAAAUUCUCUUAGGCCAUAUUAUAUGUCAUUAAAUAUGGAAUAAUACUUUACUCCUAAAUAAAGUUGCAAUCUAUGUAACUAUGUAAUCUUUCUUGAGUAAGAGAUUUAUUCCAAGAAGAAUAUGAAGCUUAAUAUCUUACUGUUUCCGUUUAAAAAACUAGU